AUGCGCGUGGAUCGCCUGGCUGCGCUUGUACCCCUCAGAGAAGCGAAGCGAGGCGGUGGUCUUGGUCGCGUGAAUGGGCAUGCAUAUGCUCACCGGACGCGUAUGUCUGCCGGACUGCUCGCCGUAUUCACGUACACCCAGAACCCGCCCACCACGAGAUCUUUAUUCCCACCUUCUGUUCUCUCAUUUUCCACUCGGGACGUCUCUGGCACUUUGUUCCACCUGCGCGAGUUACGAAUCUCGGCAAUGGCACCUAGCAUGUCCACACCGGCACCCGUUGAUUCAAACACCUGUCCAUGGCUUUUCACCAUAGAAGCUCACAAGCACCUCAACGUUUCGAACCUGGGUCGAUUCAUAUGGAGAUCUAGCAUUUUUAUUUUGGGCGUCGAGUCAAUAGAUGGGUUACCAAUACCAUUGAAAUUUGAUGCUCUGCUCGUUGAUGUUCGAACUUCGAAUCUGGGCCAGCGCCGAUUUUUUUCUCUCCCAUCUAGAAUCGACUCUUGCGGCCGACAUUACGCUUUUUUCCCUAUGGAUCAGGACGAACUGUUUGGGCUUGGUAGUGCGCCUCGUCAUCUGGAUCCUCAGAGGGGAGGAGUAAACGCGCCAGAAAUCGGAGCAGGAGCAAGAGUGGUGUUCAAGUGGAACGUUCCUCCUGGACGUUUACGCGGAUCCAUCGAUAGUGCACUUGCUUAUCGGGGGGCAUGCAUGUCGUUGCGCUGA